ACGUUUGAAACAACUGACUCAGGAACUUAUUUUAGUUGUGCUGAAGACUUCUGCAGCUGCUGUUCAGGUUUGUGGUCAGACUAUGGGAGAUCUCCAGAUCACUCCUGAGACUCCAGGGAGGCCAGCUAUCCAUAAUCCCUUCGAGAGCCCCAACGACUACCAUCGCCUGCAAGAAUCCGUGGUCCCCAGCCCCUCUGUCUUCAAGUCCUCCAAGUCCUCUGGAGCUACACCAGCCAAGUUUAAAUGGGACAUAGAUGAGAUGUCUAGCCUGCUCCCUGUGCACAUAGACGCUGAGGAUAUCCACCGCCAGUCCAUGUACCUCAGUCAGACCAGGAUCGAUACUGACAUCGAGGAGAAACGUCAGAAUGCUAUCGAGCAGUUUUUCACGAAUGGCGCCAUUGUGCCUUCACCAUGGACCGAACAAGCAAGCAAACAGAAAUCAGCACAGAUGCACUUUGGGAAGAGCUCCAUGUCCCCACAGAUACUAGAAGAGCCACUACCAACUAAAAAGACCACAGUAGGCUGCCAGACAGUCCUGUCCUUACCUGUGGACUUCCAGCUGGACAAAAUAUUAGGAGAGUACUACAGAUCGGAGGAGGCGUCUCAGCACGAUCAGGUUCAGGAGAGCCUGAGCUCCUCGUCUCUGAGACGGAAGUUGUUUCUGGACGGCCACGGGAGCGGCUCAGAGUCCUCCAGCCCCCCCAGCCCAGAGAGACCUGGGGGAGAAGGGGGAGGGGAUAGAGAUUUCCUCUCACCAAUGAGCGCCUCUCCUUUGCCCUGCCUGUUGUCUGGCAUGUCUGCCCUGACCCCCUCCACUGGUCUUCUGUCGUCCAGCCCGAUCCAGGGUCGUCACCGAACCUACAGCCUGGGCAGUGUCACCAGCCCCCAGUUCCCUGAGCGGUCCUCUCCUGCGGGCUUCAAGUCCCCCGCCCUGUCCCCCAUCGGACCACAGUUCACACAGACACCCAUAGCAGGAGAGAGGAAGAAGCUGAGUUUCGUGACCCCCGAAGGUGUUCCCCUAGACAUGGACAUGAACUCCUGUACAGAGAGCCCCUACGUAGACGGCUGUUCCCCCAUCCGCUUCUGCUCCCCGCUGCAGCUCCCGGGCCAGACCCAGGACAACCCCAAGCUCAGACUCCGAGCCCGCUGCUGGGCCUCACCCCCAACGAUCUCCCCCAACCCUUCCCUUCCUGGACCAGACCCAGGACAACCCCAAGCUCAGACUCCGAGCCCGCUGCUGGGCCUCACCCCCAACGAUCUCCCCCAACCCUUCCUUCCUGGACCAGACCCAGGACAACCCCAAGCUCAGACUCCGAGCCCGCUGCUGGGCCUCACCCCCAACGAUCUCCCCCAACCCUUCCCUCCCGGGCCAGACCCAGGACAACCCCAAGCUCAGACUCCGAGCCCGCUGCUGGGCCUCACCCCCAACGAUCUCCCCCAACCCUUCCUUCCUGGACCAGGAGAACAUCUGUCCUUCUACUCCACUACCACCCAUGGAGCUGGGCUCCCCGCUGCAGUGUGGGGGUCCGGGGAUGGCCAGCCUCUGUCAGACUCAGUGAAGAUGGAGGAGGAGGAGGAGAACGGCGAGGUGGAAGUGGAACUCCCUGAGGAAGAGGAGGAAGGAGGUGUGACUCCUGUUGGUGUCCGGUUGACCAGCUCCCGUGUGGGGGCGAGUGUGUUGGCAGCGGAGGCGUCUCAUAUGUUUGUGUCUCUGCUAGCUGAAGGAAGCAGCAUCCCUUAUGACAACAGCAUGCAGGUGGACAGUGGGUACAACACAUACGCUGGCACUGCCACCGCCAGCCUGAUAGAUGGCAUGAGUUCAGACAGCCAGAGUAAGGAGUCGUUCGACGCAGCACACAUCCCAGACGAGGUCUUCCCUUACACUAGACACACUAAGACUAUUUUUCCUCAACACCAUUGAGUGAGCUGAUUGGAAGAGAACACAAGGAAGCCCCACCCACCUUUAACCUCCCUGCUGAAGCCUAAAAUGAUGUCAUCCCAUAUAUUUGUUGCAACAUUUAAAGCAGUCAUGUCGGGUGUAUUCAUUGGUCGGGUUCUGUAGCAAAACGGUUUGCAACGGAAACAGUUUACUCUAGGAACGGAACGGGACCUACCUGAAUUUGUCCAAUAGAAACACAUUUCCGUUGCGUAACGCUUUCUGUUUGGAGUAAUCGUUUGUUAGAAAACAUUUAGCAAGACUAAACGUUUUGCAACAGAAUCGGUGUACUGAAUACACCCCUGGCUAAGUGAGAACUUUAAAUGCCAUCAAUCGCUGCUGAAUUUGCACAAAUGAACCUUGAAAUGAAUUCAUAUUGGCGCUAGCUAGCCCUCUUAAUGGAGUUGAACCGUGCUCACUUAGGUGUGUCCCUAUAGAGUUCACUCUGUAGAGAAAAGGGUGCCAUUUUGGAUAACUUAGUGUUGACAUGAACAAGGGACUGAUGAAACUUGACGUUCAGUUGUUAUGUACUGUAUGUAUUUAUACUCUUGUUGAUUGUGAAUUUCGCAUUUAUAUUAAUCAUUUUUCGAUUUUUGAUAAACAAUUGUUAAACAAUUACGGGGAUGUGAUUUGUAAUUGAGGUACCUCGCAAAUGUGAUAAAUGAUUUUUUUUUAUUGUAAAUUGUUAGAAAUAUUUCUGACUGCAGAGCUCCCCUUUUAAACAGCCACCAUCUGCCUUCUGAAGAGCUGAUGAAAUGACAUGUUUUAUGGUGUUAUUAAAUGGAUGUACAGUUCUGACUAGAUCAGAGCCACAUUAAAUAAUGUACAACUGGGCUACUCUUCAGU